CUUCAUCCCUGUAUUGCCGGAGCUGCGUGGAUGUCGUCAACCCUGCGUCCUGCACAAACAUACGCUCAUGUAAAGAAAAUCAAAUGUGUUCCACGAGGGAAAUGAGGAGUCUCAACGGGGACGUCGUCUACACGCUGGGAUGCGACAACAGCAGCAUAUGCAGUUCGAGUUUGGCGGGUCCUGUCGUCGGACGGCGUGCAGCCUCUGGUUGUUUUCAAUGCUGCGGAACUAACGAAUGUAAUGCUGGACUGUGUGCUCAUCAACCAUCGACAACACCACAUACUAGCCUUCCUGUUGGUGUCGUUGAUCACUGCAAGUCGGACCCUUGUAAGAACGGCGGAUCCUGCUAUGAGAGGGUGGAUGGUUUUGUGUGUGAGUGCACGGCCGGGUUCACUGGUCUUCACUGCGAUAUUACUGAUAUGUGUGCUUCGGAUCCCUGUCUGCAUGGAGGCAAAUGUCUCGAUACUAAAACAAGUUACGUCUGUGACUGCACCGGUACUGGUUACGAUGGCUUCACGUGUCACCUGCCCUACAACGACUGUCAGUCACAACCCUGUCUCAACGGCGCCACGUGUGUUGAUGGGUUUAAGAACUGAACCUGCACCUGUGUUCCUGGGUUCGCCGGAAAUAACUGCGAAGUAGAGCUCAGCGCAUGCGUGUCCAACCCGUGUCUUCAUGGAGGCACGUGUGUCGA